AAAAUCUGACUCGUUUUUCAAAAUGGCGUAACUUCAAGAAAAUGAAUUUUGUAAUUUAAAGUUUUUACGUAACUUAAAACAAUGAAAGAAUCAGACUUGCUUCUAGCUGCAUUUUCUGUAAUUUCGUCGCUAUUCAUUACAUUCCUUUUAGUAGGUUUAGGUUGGUACAUUGUUUGGAAGCUGUUUUUGUCGAGAUUUAAAUUCGUUCGUGAACUUUUGGGAGGCGUGAGUGAUCCAGCGGCCUCUGAGAAACGAGAUAGUCGCAGCAAGGUGAGAAAACCGAGAAGAGAGUAACGAUGAAUAUCCGAUGUGCAAAACCCGAAGAUCUCAUGAACAUGCAGCACUGCAAUCUGCUGUGUUUGCCCGAAAACUAUCAAAUGAAGUACUAUUUUUAUCACGGACUGAGUUGGCCACAACUAAGCUACGUGGCCGAGGACGAAAAGGGCAACAUCGUUGGUUACGUACUGGCAAAGAUGGAGGAGGAUAAUGAAGAUCUGAAACACGGGCACAUCACUUCUUUGGCAGUUAAAAGAUCGUACCGAAGAUUGGGUUUGGCACAGAAAUUAAUGGAUCAAGCGUCCGAGGCGAUGGUAGAGUGCUUUGACGCGAAAUAUGUUUCUCUUCAUGUACGUAAAAGUAAUCGCGCUGCUCUUAAUUUGUAUAAGAAUGCGUUAAAGUUUGAGACUGUUGAGAUUGAACCUAAGUAUUACGCUGACGGCGAAGAUGCUUAUUCAAUGAGACGUGAUUUAUCGGAAUUUGCUAAGAAAUUAAAAGCGCGUGAUGCGGUGAGAAAUGAAAAAAUUGAGGAAUGAAGUUCGUAUUUUACAAAUGGUUCUAAUAUUUAUUGUUUUUGUUUUUAUUGAGCAUUGAUUCAAUAUUUCUAUUGAUAAUGUCAAAUAUUUUUGUUAUUCUCCCUUUUUAAUAAUAAACUUUGUAUUUGCUUUA